AUGUUAAUAACAGAUGGAGGUCCACAAUUUAGUUCAAAUGAGUUUUUGAGAUUCACAAGGCGAUUGAACAUCAAUCACAUCAGAUCAGAUCCUGGUUAUCCAAGAACAAAUGGGAAGGCGGAAGCUGCUGUAAAGAUAAUGAAGAAUUUAAUACUGAAAACUAAACAUAAUGGUGAUGAUCCAUAUGAAGCUUUACUGGAACUCAGAAAUACACCUCAGAAAUGUACUGGAUUUAGCCCAGCUGAAAUGUGCCUCAAAAGAAGUCCUCAGACAUUGAUUCCCAGCACGUCAAAGUGUUUAAGUGAACAUGUUGUAGCUGAGAAGAAAGAGAAUUACAAACGACAAGUAAAAAGACAAUAUGAUAAGCAAGCUCGGGAUUUACCAAAACUCCAUCUAGGGCAAACUAUUUAUUACCAAAACCCAGGUCAAACUGGAUGGUAUCCUGGAAUGAUCAGGGAACAUCCAUCUCCAAGAUCUUAUAAGAUCAAGGGAGAUAAUGGAGGACUCUACAUACCCAACAGAUUUCAUAUUAGGCCAAGUAAAACUAUUUUGAAAGACACUGACACUGAUGUCUAUGAUGGGAAUGUCUUGGAUGAUGAUGAUGAUAAUGAAAAGCCAGAUUUCUCUGAUAACUGUUCUCAACAUGCAUCACAGUCUGAAGUAGUUUCUCAUGUACCAGACAAUAAUUGUGAUAGAAAUAUGCCAACAAGAACUAGCACUCGAGAAACAAAUAGACAUGUGUGGCAUAGGGAUUAUAUGUACUAA